AUGAGCAACCCGGCGGCUCGUCCGGCGAUGCCUUCGGUUGAACAUCGUCGAAGCAGAUCUCAGAUUCCUCGCCUGGAGACAGGAGAAGAUGCCCUCCCGCCGUCGACAAGGCCAGAGCAGUUAACUCCCUCGACACGACUGGCGGAACAGCUACCAACUACUGGACAGCCCAGAAAGGCAAGCAAAACCCGGAUGCGCAAAGUUAGCGCAGAAGAGAUCUUUGAUAUCCAAGCCCUCCGGAAGGUGUACAACAACCCCGAUCGAACCAACGAGGCCGUCCUGCGUGUGUUCCAUGUUCAAAACGCCGAUUGGGCUACCGAGUAUCUGCUGAGGAAGUUCAACAUCGACAACCGGGAUGGUCUGGUCGGCAACGACUUUGGGAAGUAUGUCCGGCAUAAAAACCCAGAGAGACGAGGCGGACGGCCGUUUUUGAACGGCAAGACGUGGAAAGUUCAGUAUGAUCCGUGGCGAGGAAUUAGCAAGACUUCGUUCGGGUUGGACUAUCUGAAGCAGUAUAACAAGUCUGCGCAUCUUACCGGACAUCAUCGACGAAGCGCCGAAGAUGAUACCCUCAAAAUGAUGGAGCUGGAUUCUUUUGGCGAUGAAGACAACCCAGCACAUGGCUACGACGUGUACGUCCAACGCCUCAGCUGUUAUGUUCAGCACAAGCAGACCCCAGGUACAAUCUCACUGCCAAUGGAGGACUCGGACAUCAAGAAUCCGUAUCAUAUCGAGGAUAAUCAGGCAGGGGACUCGCCGGAAAAACGCAAAGAUGUAUAUAUUCCGCGUUUAAACACUCUCGACAACGGCAACGCCAUCCUGAUUUUCGACAACUCCCACACCGGAUGUCUAGAUGACACCCUCAUCCCACCGCGCCAGACAUGGGAGGAAAGAUGGAGACGGCUUCCAUUCUUCCUUGCCUUUGAGUCAAAGGAUCUAGUUGAGAGUGAUGAGCAGCUUGCUUACCAUAGUACAAGAAUCAUCCUGGAUGACAUCUUCAAGGUCUUGACCGCAAACUGGGACUCGUUCCUAAACCUGGCCAUGGACCACGUCAAUGAUGUAGAGUCCGACGAUACCUGGCUGGAGAGCUUACCCGGUGAUUUUGAGAGGCUGGGUACCACCAUUACAGAAGACUUGAUAAAGCCGACUGAGAAUCUGAUUUCCUUACUGUACCAGUCAGUCUCGAUCAGAGACAGUCGGCAUAGCAUUCAGUUAAACGUCAGCAUGUGGCGUCUGAGCUGGAUCACCUUCAUCUUCCUCCCAAUGACCUUUAUCACUGGAUUUUUCGGCAUGAACGUCGACACCUUCAAGGACGACCCUAGUAUAAAAUGGUACUUCAUCGCUACCGUGCCGUUUAUGCUCAUAGUCCUUAUCCUUUGGUACAUUAUAAAACAUUACCUUGCAGGUCGACGCCAAACUCCACAUCAACGAGGUAUAUAUGAAAACUUCUUUAACGAGAUGGCGAAUGAAAACCCAUCGCUCUGGUCCCGGAUGGGGCCGCGUGAUUAUGUUGUUCCUGAUGGUAUUCUGGCGCGAUUGAAAUGGCGUUUCAUCAAGACAUGGAGUGCGCCGGAACGUACAAUCUUGAUGGACACAGACGGCAGCGACGGAUCAGGCGGUGAUAUGGGAACUAUGUUCAAAAUAAAGCAAUACCUAAUCCGUCGGUGGACUUCACAGCUUCGGAAUAAUAGAGCAGUCAAGGCAACAGCACUUGAGGAUGGACUAAUCGUACCUGAGGAUGAGACUGCGAGUGAUACUCACAGUGUGGUCACUGAGGGACUAGCAGGAGCCACAGAACUGCUUGUAGUCCCGGCCACGCCCGCUGUCGAGGCUCGAAUAGCGCCGAUGCUACCAGAGAUGGCGACCCAUGAUCCAUCCCAGACGACAAAGGCUGAAGAACGCCUCGGGCCUAUAACUCCUGGCUCAGCGUUGUCGCUGAUGAGCAGUAUGCAUCGCCGAAGCAGCAGUGCCGGAAGAGCCAGCAAUCUUCUUGUUGAAGAGGAAGAUUAUCAGUGGCUGAGCGAGCGAGGCAAGCAAGGGAAACAGUGGGCAUGGAGGACAUCGAGUUCAAGGGAUAGAAGUGCUCACAGGAGCCCUCACCGGCACAGUCGAAGUCGAAGCCGUAACCGGGAGCCGGAUGAUAAGGAGAAAGACACUGAGCACAGCGAUAGUUCUACUCCUCCUGUCAAUGCUGCUACUGAGACGGGGCCGGAAGAUGACAACGACGAGCUCCCAAAGGUGGUGGUAGCUUAA